AUGUGCUCUCCCCCGUCCUACCCCGGUCUCACCCCGCGUAACGGCGGUCUCUUCGGCAACCACGUCUGCCACGCCAACGGGGACCAGCGGGGCUCCGCCCAUCUGUCCAACGUCACCCAGCGGCCGCUGCAGGUGCUCCCGUCCCUCCCCAACGCCACGGGGGCCGGCGACGACGACAGGGGAUGGGCGGGAGGGGCCAUCGCCGCCGAGCCCGCCGCCACCGCCACUGCCACUGCCGCCGCCUCCUCCCCGCUUCAGCACAACCAUCGCCAGGGCCCCGCCCACCUCCGGGAACACCCCGGCUGUGACGCCGCCAAGAGGCACCAGUCGCCCGUGUGCUCCAACGCCAACCUCAACAACGCCAACGUGCCCUCCGUGCGGCCCCUGGCCAACGGGACCAGACCCUCGUCACGCCGGGAUCCCAACGGGGGCGUGCCGGCGUCGUCUGGCGCGGCCGGCCGGCACGCGGGAGAGCCGGCCGGCCGCAGGAAGUGGAACUCCAGCAGGACUGCUCCGUCUCCUGCUGCACGUAGGAGCAGGACGCGCUACUACGAGGCCUACGUCAGGUCGGAGGCAGGGGGCGGCGCCUACCCCGCUAUUCGCCGAGAGGAGCCGGGGGGCGGGACCAGUGAUGAGGACUGGGGCUCGGGGGAGUACUACAGUGGGGAGGAGUUCAACGAAGACGACAUCAUGUUCACAAGAGACAGGUUGUCUCACAUGGACUACCAUGACGCCGAGGGGGACCAGGACCCCGAAGCCCCCGGGGGUUACUAUGACGACGACCAACAGCCCAUCUUCCAAGAUGGUUGUCGGUCACCCAAGAGGCGGUUUCUUUCCUCGCCGCAACCGUCCGGCAGGUCCACCUUCAGCUUUGAGUGUCUGCGUCGCCAGGGCAGCGACGAGGACCCGCCCCCUCUCUCGCCCUCCUGCACGGCUCUGCCCCUGCACCUCAUGCAGCAGCAGGUGAUGGCUGUAGCCGGCUUUGACACCCGAAGAUUACGACGUCUGUCUCCGACACAGUCGCUACGCUCCUGGGCCACUCCCCCGGCCUCGCCGAUUGGUCGAGACGGCUCGCCCAGCUACACACCCCUCAUCCAGGUGGACUGGCGCAGCCCGGGCAGCAUCGGCAGCAUCCCGGGGUCUCUGCGGAGGUCCUCCUGGUACACAGACGCCCGGGACGGACCCCCCAGCCGGGCCUACUCCCCCUCCCUACUCAGGCUGCCCACCGAGAGCCACGCCCACUUCAUGCAGAAGAGAGGAAGUGCCAACAGUCUGGUGGAGGCGGUGCUGAUCUCGGAGGGGCUGGCCCGCUACGCCCGGGACCCCAAGUUCGUGACGGCCGCCAAGCACGAGAUCGCCGACGCCUGUGCCAUGACCAUCGACGAGAUGGAGAGCGCCGCCUGCCACCUGCUGAACGGCACUAUGGGUAACGGCGGCGGCGGCGGCGGCGGCGGCGGUGGGGCGGCGGCGGUGGGGAACGGCGGUACGGACUCGCUCUCCGAAGCGCGGCUCAGGGAGCUAAGUCUCCGUGACUACAGCGACGAGGAGCCGGAGGCGUGCCGGAGUGAGGAGGACCUGACUGACGAGAUGAUAUGCAUCACCACGCUAUAG